AUGUUUCGCACUCCGCUGCUGUGUCUGCUCUCUGCAUUCCUCUGGGCACAAGACAUCAUAACAACGGUCAGCGCCGAGUCGAUUCAAUGCGGCAGUCCUUCAUUCCCGAAACCGCGCGUCUUCAUCCUCUCGGACAUCCUGAACGAGCCAGAUGACUCCAUGUCGUUGGUUCGCCUGCUUGUGUAUUCAAAUCAAAUUGACAUUCGCGGGCUUUGCGCGACAACAUCGUUCUUUUUGAGGAAUACUACCCAUCCCGAAGAGAUGAAGAAAAUCGUCAACGCGUACGGCAUGGUCGUUGGCAACCUCAAUCAACAUGUCUCUGCGGAUUUUCAGUUCAAGAGCUCAGACGAGCUAUUGUCCCUAGUUACAUCCGGGCCCACGGUUUACGGAAUGGAGGCUUUGAAUUCCACACUCAGCGAAGGCGCAAAACUGCUCAUGGAGAAGCUCGAGGAGUCGUCAGAUCCCCUGCAUGUGAGCCUUUGGGGUGGCGCCAAUACUCUUGCUCAGGCUCUUCGGCACAUACACGCAGAAAAGUCUCCAAGCGAAGCUGCGCUGCUGCGGUCACGACUCAGGGUCUAUGCGAUCUCAGAUCAAGACGGCACUGGCACAUGGAUUCAAUCUCAGUGGCCAGACAUCUUUUACAUAUCUAGCAUGCAUGGUUUCCUAGAAUUUGGAGACGCGACUUGGACGGGAGUAAACACCAACGCCAACGGACUGGCAAACACCACCAAAAUCACAGACGAGUGGAUCACCCCGAACAUCCGCGUUGGGCCUCUGGGCGCAACCUAUCCCUUGAUCGAGUUCAACAUGGAAGGAGAUACACCAAGCUUCCUGUGGCUCAUUCAAAAUGGUCUGUCUGCUACCGAGCAGCCGGAACUAGGCGGUUGGGGAGGCCGAUACUCUCAGGUGGUCGAUGUUGACGGCAUCAACUGGUAUGGAAACUCGUUGGAUGCCCUCACAUUGUCUGAUGGGACUUCAUACUCGAGUAUUCAGGCGACGAUCUGGCGCUGGAGAGACGCUAUGCAGGACGACUUUGCCGCGCGGAUGCAAUGGACCCUAAACCAGAGCGCCAGCGCAGUAGCUCACCCGCCUCUGGUCAACGUGAAUGGUUCUGCAGGCCCUGAAGUCUUGCGGUUCGACCUCAAGGCCAAUCAGUCAAUCAUAUUGAAUGGGGAAAGCACCUGUGACGCCGAUCAUCCUGGGGACUUGAGCCAGCUCGACUUUGAGUGGUUUGAAUAUCCCGCAGCACAAGUGUACCCGCCGCAACCAAGUGGCCUUUCCAUUCAGCCACUCGCCUCCCCCUCUGGUACAAACGGCGUGCUCUCUCUGAAUGAAGCUGGAUUUGCGAAUGUCACGCUUGGUUCAAGGGUUGAGGUGUCGGUCGAAGAUAGCGCCUUUACGGAUGGCAAAGAAUGGCAGGUGGUCUUGCAAGUUCGCACGAAGAAAGGGCCACACCCAAUUAGACGUUACAAGAGGGUUAUAAUAACGACCAAGGCCUGA